CAAGGUCUUUGGAAACCUUGUUUCAAAAUGCUCACAUGCUUUACCACUGUUUUCUCUGUAAUAGGUUGUCACAUUCCACUAAACGACAAACAACACGGUAUCGCCAGCAGUUUCUAUGCACGUUUUCACGUUCCUAACCCACCAAUAUUUAACCUAAGAAAUCAACCAAACCACACAAAAAAAGCAGAAACAAACCUCACACAAAGCAAAGCAGAAAAGAGCAUCAUCAAUCAAGCAAAGCACACUUUCUUUUUUCAAUUUCCACUACCCCAAAAGACACAACCGGUGCAGCACAUCAUUUUAAGUCAUUACACAACACAAAAUGGAACAAGAUGGAGACACGUGGACAAUGCCACCGUUCUGGGCGGCGGAGUACCGGGACCGGCGCCGCCUACGCCGCUCUUACUCUCUUUUACGCACCUCCAUGUCCCUCCUCGUACUCUUCUUCGUACUCGCGCUCGUGUUCUCGCUCAUCGUGGUUCCGACAGUGCAAUCGUUCGCCUCCAACAUCUUUAAACCUCGUACGGUGAAAAACAGCUGGGAUUUUCUCAAUCUCGUGCUCGUGCUCUUCGCCAUUAUUUGCGGCUUCCUCGGCAGAAACACCAGCCCCGAAACCCUGACCCCCCGUUCUGGUAGAACUUUUUCCAACCCUUCCACGCAGCCACCAACUUGGUACCAGUACGAUUACUCUUAUGGUCACACUCCUCGUCGAUCGUUUAAUAGGUUAAGGAGCUUCAGCUCCUACCCCGAUCUCCGCCAACAGAUCCCCUCCGAUGAACGUUUUCGGUUCUAUGAUGACACUUACCUCCUGCAGCAUCGGCACCCCAGGAACGAUGCCGAAGAAGAAGUAAAAGAAAUAGGAAUUGACAAUGUUGUCACCGCGUCGCCGCAACAAGGGACACAGACUGUUCGGAGAAAUGUCCACCGAGCGUAUCAGGUAGAAACUGGGGAGAAACAUGAAACGGAUGAUUUAGAUGCGACGAUUUCCCAACCGCCGCCGGCGAUUCAAACGCAAGUUGUACUGCGAAAUGUCAACCGGUUACAUCGAUCGGAAGUUGUGGAGAAACACGAAACAAAUGAUUCGGCUGUGGAGGAGAUUUCACUAUCGCCGCCAUCUACUCCGCCACCGGCGGCGAGAACGCACGGUGUCCGGAGAAACGCUAAGCGAACUUUUCAAGCGGAUACCAUCGAGAAACUUGAAACAAAGAAUUUAGAUUCGCAGAGUUCACAACCAUCGCCGUCGUCUCAUCCGCUGCCGAGGAUCCGAAAGAAGGGUGUUCAACGGAAUGCCAAACCGGAAAGAGAUUAUUCGGCUGUAAAGAGUACACCGCCGCCGCCGCCGCCGCAGCCGGCGGAGGCAAAGACGGGGCAGGUUAAGAAGAAAAGAGGGACUGCUACUAUAGAGUUCUUGACAUCUUUAAGAGGGAAGAAGAAAAAACUGAGGCAAAGAAGCGUUGAAAAUUUUGAAAGCAUUCUGAAUUCUGAAACGUUAUUGCCACAACCGCCGGCACCGCCGCCCCCGCCACCUAAAGUUUUUCAGAACUUAUUUUCUUUGAAGAAAGGGAAACACAAAACCACCCACAAUGUUCGUGUGGCAAUAACAGGGGAAUCAAACAAGAGGGAGUCUGGUUCUUCCUCUGGGUUGAAAAAUAAAGUGAUGAUGGCCGGUAAUGAGUCACCAUUAAACCCUAUUCCUCCGCCGCCGCCGCUUCCGCCGUUCAAGUUGCCAGGGUGGAAGUUCCGGGUGCAGGGUGACUAUGUUAGGGUUGACAGCAUUGGUAGUUCACGUAGUGGAUCACCUGAUCUGGAAGAAGUUAGUGUGGACACACCAACAGCUAGUACUCAUGAUGAAAGAAGCCAAGUCAAUAGUCCUUUGGGGAAACAUGGUGAAGAUUCUGCAAGUGUGAGUGCACCCUCAUUGUUCUGUCCUAGCCCUGAUGUUGAUACCAAAGCUCACAACUUCAUCGAGAGCUUCAGGGCUGGUCUGAGGAUGGCCAAGAUGAACUCAAUGAAUGAGAGGCAGGGGAUUGGACGGUCCAAUCUUGGGACCUUCACCACCCCAUGAACGAUGAAUGCAACUGGAGAGAGUCUUGGUUCUCAGAGAUAAACUAGGCAUCUGCUGCAUUUCACAGAUAUGAGAAGGAAGAAGUAUACUAGUGAGUUUCAAAUUCAUUCCAAGUUUUUGGGUGAAGUAAAAAGAAAUGUGAAGGACAGAAAGGAAGAGAAGCAGGUUGCAGAGUAUUGCUUUCAUGCCAUGUUUUUCCACUUUUACUAUGGCUGCGGGUUAUAGUGUGUAAUUUAUUGAGUCACUUUGUGCUGAAUAUAGUUUGUGAUGCCACUAAAAAAAUUGUGAUUCUUUUGCCUCUUUUUAUGUGAUGGGCUUUGCUGGAUAUGAUUUUGAGUGAAUAUCAAACCUCAUCUUCUGUUCCCUUGGUUUGCUGGAAACAUUUUGGACUGAAAAAUCUCAUUUUGAAUGUGUUUUUUUGUGUGACUGAGAUAUCAUAUCAGAGUUCAUUAUAGUAAAUUUUGUUAGACUUAUGGUACUGCAUAAAUACCUAGUUUCAUCUGUGAGGGGUGCGAUGGAAUUCUUAUAUAGAGUAAAAGUAAAUUUUAUUUUUCAAACCGAUUUUAUGAGAUAAGUUAGGCUUAAAUUUACUAUUAUUACCUUAUUCGGAAAAGGUUGUUUUGUGCCUUAUGAGAUUUUUGAUGAAUUUUGGUAUCUUUGAUGAUAUAUUUUGCAUGUUUCAUUGUUUGUGACCUUCCUCAGCUCUCAUUGCAGCCUUGUACUUUGAAGAAAAUCAAUGGUGCUGCUUGGGGUUUUGAUAAAAUGGAUUCCCAAUUAAACCUACAGUAGCAGGGGGGAUUUUAUGAAAAGCUUGUGGCAAAGCUAUCUAUGUUCAGACUUUUUAGAUGAAAGUAAAUUUUCGCUUAAAAUGACACUCUAAUCUUGAUUCCAGUCUUCAUACAAAGACUAGGAAUGACAUCAUAUUUUGGCUGAUUCUCUU